CGUGUGGGCGGGGCUCGGAAAGAUGUCGGCGGCAUUGCUACGGCGCGGUUUGGAGCUUCUGGCGGCGUCCGAGGCUCCUCGAGCCGUCCCCGGCCAGGUCAAGGCUAGCGGGACUCCGGUGAAGCGGACCCGCAGGGCGAGGGCCAAGGCCUCCCAGGCCCCGAAACUACGGAACUCAGCGAAGGGAAAGGUGCCUAAAUCCGCUCUAGCUGAGUACCAGAAACGGCAGUGUCGAGACCACUUCAAGGCAAACCUGAAGUUUAUGACCAGCAUGAGAAGCACUGUGCCAGAGUCUGUGACCCAGCAGAUUCUGCAGCAGAAUCAAGGCCGGAAAGCCUGUGAUCGGCUAGUGGCCAAGACGAAGAACAAGAAGAAGAAGAAGAAGGCUGAGGGCACUGUGUUCACUGAAGAGGACUUCCAGAAGUUCCAGAGGGAAUAUUUUGGCAGCUAGACUUACUGGAGGAGUGGUGGGGACAAAAGGCACUAACUUUAGACUGCCAUACCUCUGCUGUCCUAUGUCCCUGCAGCUCUGUGCCAUGGGCGACCAGCAGGUGGCAGUGCAAAUCUAGCCUGGCUCAGGAAGACAUAUGCUGCUAUCCCAGGGACACUGGAACAGAGCUGCAAGCCCUGCAGCAAAUUUUCCUUCAAACUGGUUUGGUGGAGCCAUCAGCACCCUGCCAGAAAAGAUUCUGACCUGUAAGCUGUGACCAGGAUCAGGUCCCGGGGCUGUUUGUUGUGAAAUAGAGCCAGGUACUUGGCCCGCUCAGACCACACCUCAAGGAGCUGGAAGUUCAAAUAAAUGUAAUUUGGGCAAGUGUG